ACACUGUGUUGACUGGGUGUCAAGCCUUUGCCAUGUCCUCCCACAAGAUACUCAAGAUCAAACGGUAUCUUGCUAAGAAGCAGAAACAGAACCAGCCCAUCCCGCUAUGUAUCAGUAUGAAAACUGGCAAUAAGAUCAGAUACAACUCCAAAAGGAGGCACUGGAGAAGGACCAAAUGGGCCUGUAAAGAGAAGCCUCUCCAACCCUUGUGGCACAUCUUGUCUUGCAUUAAGACUUCAAAUGGCACCAACCUGCCACAGGCCUGUUUUCAGAGCUAA